CAUGUCCUAGCAGGGAGAUUCAAACACAAGCUGCCAGCCAGUCUGCAAGAAACAGUCACAAGAAGGAGUUCAAAACACGCUCUCAAAAUGAUACCGGAGAUCAUCAUCGGAAUUCUGUGCAUCAUUGGUUAUUUCUAUAUCAAGCUUAGACGACAAUGGAAUUUUUGGAAAGACCACAAUGUCCCAUUCCCUCCGCCCGAGUUUCCGUUUGGAUCUUCACCAGUGUUUUGCUGGAAUUCAUUCAAACAAAAGAUCAAUAUGAACGAUAUGGCCAGGAACCAAGCCAUUGCCCUUGGUUUCCCAAAGUUCUACGGUAAUUACGUGUUUGGAGCACCAAAUAUGGUCGUGUGUGACCCGGAGAUGGCCAAACAAAUCAUGGUCAAAGACUUCGACCACUUCGUCGACCGACAAGGCGAGGAUUUUACAAAACUCUUGGCUGGUGGACAUUUUGUGGACAAACUUUGGGCCAAUCAAAUGACAUCCUUGCCAGGAGACCGAUGGAAAAACACGCGAGCCACAUUCACACCUGUUUUUACCGCUGGCAAACUCAAGGGAAUGAUAAAGUUCAUUUAUGAAGUUACCAAUGACCUCGUCAAGAGUGUGGGCGAAGAAGCCAAAAGUGGAAAAACAUUCGAAUUGAAAGAAAAGUUCGGAAAGUUCAGCAUGGAUACCAUCGCCACUUGCGCCUUUGGUGUGAAUGCCAAGUCCUUCCAAGAUAAUGAUUCGACCUUUGCCAUGAAUGCUAGAGCUGUUUUCCGGAAUUCUAGAGCAGAUAUGAUGAGAAUCAUUAUGGCGCUAAUCCCUGGCGGAAAAACUGUUAUGAACAUAUUUGACACGCCAAUUAACAAAAAAGAUGUCACCAUGUUCUUUUAUGAUAUUAUUAAGGGAACCAUUGAGCAUCGAGUGAAGACCAAAACGAGACGAAAUGAUCUUGUGGAUUUGAUGAUUGACGCCAUGAAAGCCGAGAUCCCUAUUGAACAGGACAAAGAAGAGGAUGGUCAAUUUGACAAGGAUGCCAAAUUGAACCACAAAGUGGUGCACAAGCAAGUUGAUGAGAUCACAAUGGUGGCCACAGCCUUGGUCAUUCUGGUAGCCGGAUAUGACACCACAGCUCAAACAAUGGCAGUCACUAGUUAUUUCUUGGCCAAAAAUGAAGACAUCCAAGAAAAGUUGUACCAAGAAAUCAUGGAAUGUGUGGGAGAAAUGGAGAACGAAAGCGGUCACCCUGACUACAAUCAGAUUCAGAGUCUACCUUAUCUAGACAUGGUCCUACACGAGACUUUGAGAUUAAAUCCAGUUCUUGGCCUUAUUACCAGGGCUUGCACCAAGGACUAUAUUAUUCCAGGCACUGAUAUUCUUCUGAAGAAAGGAAACGAGGUUCAUAUAAAUGCCAUGGCCAUUCACGCUAAUCCCGACAUCUACCCAGAUCCAGAAAAGUACGACCCUGAACGGUUUACCAAAGAAGCCAAAUCGAACCGACAUCCGUACGCCUUCCUCGGAUUUGGUCAAGGACCCAGGAAUUGCAUUGGCAUGAGAUUUGCACUCUUGGAGGCCAAACUGGGACUUUUUGCCGUACUGAGGAAGUACAAAUUUGUAGCUACCCCCGAGACAGUGGAUAAAUUCACCCUGGAUCCCGGUGCCUUCCUUUCUGCUCCUAAAGAACCUUUACUUGUCAAAGUUGUCGAGAGAUAGUCAAAAUAACAAUUUGUUGAAAUUUUAUAUUAAAGUUCUGGUAAAGCCUAUACGGGCUAAUUCACUACUACGAAGGCAUAAGUGACAUUAGAACUGUUGAAAAAUAUACAUGUACAAAUUAUGCUUCUUCGCGAAA